AUGAAGGACGUCGCGAUCAUCUCGACCGUCUCGCUGUCGUUCAAAACUUGCCUACUCGUCAUUGAGUCGCUCGAAAAACGGGGUAUGCUUCUCCCUCCCUAUCGAGCCCUUCCUCUGGAGUCUACGGCCGGCUUGUUCAGCCAAGCCUUCUGCUGGUGGCUCAACCCACUGCUCGUCCAUGGCUACAGACACAGUCACUCACUGAGGACGCUUCCCGAGGUUGACGCUGAUCUGUGCAUUGACACGGAGACCAACACUCGGCUGAGUACCAAAUGGAGCGCAUGCAAACAGAAGGAGGCUGCCCACUCUCUCUUGCUGGUCAGCUUGAUGCACAAUAAGAGAGCCAUUGGUAAAGCUAUACUUCCCCGUUUGUGCCAGACGGGAUUCGUUUUUGCUCAGCCAUUUCUCGUCAAACGGGUCAUUGGAUUCAUUCAGAGUCCUAACGGCGAAUCUAACAAUGCUUCUGUUGGUACUGGUCUGAUAAUCGCGUAUGUCAUUGUCUACAUCGGCAUCGCACUGGCGACAUCGCUGACCCAGCGAUGGACCAUACAUCUCGUUACGCGCCUGCGAGCUGGUCUGGUGGAUUUGAUUUACUCCCGUACUCUCGAGAUUCAUUGCCUCAAUAUGGACGAGGCAGAUGCGGUGACGCUGGUUGGCACUGAUGUCGAAAGGAUCACCACAGGCUUCAGAGCUUUCCGAGAGCUUCGUGUCGCGGCUGUCGCGCCGGCGGUAGUCAUUAUUAUUUUCACAGGCGCAGCAAUAUCUGUUGCAUCAAAGGCCGGCAUCACUCAAAAAGCCUGGCUGGACAAAAUCCAAGCCCGCGUCAGCGCCACUGCCGCAAUUUUAGGCACAAUGCACUCCCUCAAGAUGACUGGACUCACGCGCAACCUCACUCAGCGAAUUACCAGGAUGAGGGAAAAAGAACUGGACGCCUCAUUUAGUUUUAGGGGUGUACUGGUCAGAAUUGUGGUUCUCACCUUUGCCUCUACCGCCAUGGCGCCCGUCGCAUCGUUCGGCAUAUAUAUUCUGCUGCAGACUCACCGCGGAUACGCGACACUGGACCCUGCAAUCACACUUAUGAGUCUCACUCUCCUCCAACUCCUUCUCGCACCUGUUGCUAUACUCAUCGACUCUCUCGCUGGUGUCAUGAGCGCAGUGGGCUGUUUUGAGCGCAUCCGCCUGUACCUCAAUUCAGAGACGCGAGUCGACAGCCGAGUGCACGGCACCAUCCAUCAGCCAGCGACGCCACGGAACAAAUACCCUGCAGGUGCCUUGAUCCGAACGCUUUCCUCUAGCCGCAACUCCGAAGUAGAUUUUGGUUGGCGUCACUCUCGCCAUUACUUCCCCCCUUCUUCGUCUUUUGAGAACUUGGCAGUCGGCGAGAUGUACGCCAUGAGUGUUCUUGAGCAUUGGGGACAUAGCUCCUCGACCAAAAAGACUACACAGAGUUCCGUGUCCAUCCACCAAGCCUCUUUCGGUUGGAAGGAGACGGAAAAGCCCAUUCUCAAAGACUUGAAUCUUGAUAUGCCCCGUGGGGGGCUCACCAUGAUAAUUGGACCCGUAGGAAGUGGAAAGUCAACCCUCCUGCAGACUUUGCUGGGCGAAACUAAACCUGCUGGCGGAGUUGGUUAUAUUCAGGUCGCUUUCCAAAAUGCGGCAUAUUGUCAGCAACGGCCGUGGAUCUCCAAUUCAACAAUCCGCCAGAAUAUUCUUGGUGGGUUAGCCUUUGAUCCGGAGUGGUAUUCAGUUGUGGUGAAUGCCUGCGGCUUGACUGAAGAUCUGGAUCAACUUGCGGAAAGAGAUGCUACCAACGUCGGCAGCAACGGAACUUCUCUCAGUGGCGGUCAGCAGACGCGCAUUGCGUUGGCACGUGCCAUAUAUUCCAAGAAAAAGACGAUGAUCAUGGACGAUGUUCUCAGCAGCCUUGACCCUAGGACCGAAGAAGUAGUAUUCAAGUCGCUGUUCUCCAGAAAUGGGUUGCUGAAGCAGCACGGCAUCACUGUCAUCUUGACCACCAACGCCGUACAUCGUCUUCCUGACGCUGACCAAAUCAUUGUGCUCGGUCAUGACGGGUUUAGCACGGAACAAGGCUCCUUUUCCGAACUUGUGUCUCGCCCAGGAAGUUACCUCUCCAAGCUGAGUUUGCAGAAUGGCGCCGGAUUCCUGGAGGACAGAAUCUCUUAUGCCCUUUACGAAGCGCUUGCCAAAGCACUGCCCCCCCACAUCGAAGCCCCUGACAGCUCCGUGGGCGAUCUGGAGAUCUACAAGUACUAUAUCAAAACCUUCGGCUGGACGAGGUGGUGGAUCUUCAUCGCCAUCUGUUCAUUCUACGGCUUUGGGGUCGUCUUCCCGCAUGCGUGGGCCCAGAUGUGGGCUACACACAAUGCAUUGAACCCUGGCGACAGAGCUGAAUAUUACGUCGGUAUCUACUUCAUGCUGGGUGCCCUCACGAUUAUUUCGCUUGGAACUAGUUACCCUGGCUCGCUCAUUAACCGCUUCAGUCAGGACAUGGAACUAGUGGACAUGGAACUGCCCGUGUCGCUCAUUCAUACAGUUCUGAUGACUUUUGUCCUGAUAGCACAGACACUUGUCAUUGUGUCGACGGCGAAAUUUGCCGGUGCAGCGCUGCCAUUCUCCAUCUUAGCAGCAUACAUGACUCAAAAAUACUACCUGAGAACCUCGCGGGCCUUGAGAUUCCUGGACAUUGAAGCCAAGUCUUCCCUCUUCAACCAUUUCCUGGAAACACAUGGCGGCUUGGUGACGAUCCGGGCUUUCAACUGGACGCAUGACUAUCUAAGGGAUCUUCUCGUGGGUGGCAUCGCUGUCGUCCUAGCUGCAGUCGCGGUCAAGACUCGGGGGCAGGUUGACGCGGGACUCAUGGGACUGGCACUGCUCAAUAUUGUUGGAUUCAGUUCUACUCUCAAACAGCUCAUCACGAAUUGGACCUUGCUCGAAACUUCAACGGGGGCAAUCAGUCGUAUCCGGACUUUCACCAGAACAGUCGAUUCCGAGGAGCAGUACUUGAAUCAAGGCCAAAAUCUCCAGAUAGUACCCAGUCCCCCGCCGCUCUACUGGCCGAGAAACGGAGCCAUAAGUUUCAACAGCGUCACGGCUUCGUACGCACCGCAUUCUCAGCCUAUAUUACAAGGUAUAAACCUACAUAUCCGCUCCGGCCAACGUGUCGGUAUCGUGGGCCGCAGCGGCAGCGGAAAGAGCAGUCUAGUGGCCUGCUUGUGUCGGAUGAUGAACCUACACAGCGGAAAUAUCACCAUAGACGGAGUCGAUACGUCCACACUUUCUCCGGAAGACAUUCGCCUCUCCCUGAACGUACUACCUCAAAGACCCUUCCUCAUUCCUGGCACGCUGAGGGACAACGUAGAUCCUCUAGGUCAGGCAAGUAACGAUGAUGUGGUCGAAGCCCUGCACCUUGUUAGACUAUGGGAGCCCGUUUUCCAGGAUCUACCCGAUGGCAUCGACUCCCCCAUGCCGGGCCAGAUGCUAUCCCACGGUCAGAAGCAACUACUCUGCCUGGCGCGUGCGUUGAUAAGAGCAAGACACAGCCCCGUAUUGGUCCUGGACGAGGCGACGUCGUCUGUUGAUCUCGAGACGGAGCAGCGGAUGCAGGAACUCAUCGACCAGCAAUUUAAGAGCAAGACCGUCAUCGCCAUCGCUCAUCGACUCGACACGAUCUUGGAUUUUGACGCCGUAGUAGUCAUGGACGGUGGAAGGAUUGCUGAGUGGGGAAAACCGAGGUCUUUGCUGACCAGAGACAGUUUAUUCAAUAGUUUGUAUCGUGAGACGGUGCCAAUAUCACCCACGGGGUCUGCUCAUGAUGGCUCGAUCAGUUUCUAG